GUCUCUCCGUCCGACAUCGCCGAAGAUUCCUUUCAUGUCUACCCACACUAGGAUCUCGCCGCAGACAUACUACAUCCCCCCGAGAAAGACCGUGAAGUCGCGGCAUUCGAUGAACAACGGUCAUGCUAACGGACAUGCUCAACACAAAACUUCCCAAAUACCCGUUGCGCAGGAAGCAUCUCGCGAGGAAUCCUCGCGCAAAGCGUCAGCAGCUUUAUCAACAGCAAACAUAAGGCUACCACAUACAUCUCCAGUAGACUGGGAGAUACCCCGAAAGUUCCUCCACUCGUCCAUAGGAUUUCUCACAUUAUACCUGUACCUUGCGCACGGCUCCUCACGAACGGUCGUAAAAGCACUCGGCAUGGCAUUAACAAUCAUUGUUCCUGCCGAUGUCUUACGUCUCAGCUUUCCCGGCUUUGAACGCAUCUAUGAGAAAGCGCUCGGCUUCCUCAUGCGGGAUAGCGAGAAGAAAACGACCAACGGCGUUAUCUGGUAUAUCAUAGGCGUUCUUUGGGUCUUAUCCGCAUACCCCCUUGAUAUCGCGGUCGUCUCCAUUCUCAUUCUCUCCUGGGCUGACACUGCCGCAUCCACAAUCGGACGCGCAUGGGGCCGCUUCACCCCCCCUCUCCCCCGUCGCCUCUUCGGUCUUCCUCUUGCACCUCGCAAGUCUCUGGCAGGCUUUAUUGCUGGUUCCAUUACUGGCGCCGCUAUUGUUGCAGGAUUCUGGACUUUCCUUGGUCCUUUAGGCGAGCUCGAACCUGUGUGGACCUUCGAAGGUGGAGUUGAGGGUACUGGCUCUUUCAGCGGCUGGUUUGGCCUCAGCGCCAUUAGUGUCGUCAGUGGACUUGUAUCGGGUGUCUCAGAGGCCCUUGAUCUAGGUUCCCUUGAUGACAAUUUGACACUCCCGAUCCUCUCUGGUGGUUGUAUUUGGGGCCUCUUCAAGUGCUUGAAAUACCUUGCAUGAUUGAGCAGGUUUUCAGUGACACUGUUUCAUGGAAUGGCAUCUAGAGGAAACUUAGUAAUGACCACUGGAAUUUAUUUGAAAGGAUGGCUGACUGCUGGAUGUGCAGCAGAGGAUGUACAUUUUGUGGGAUGUUGUGUUGCUCAG